UGACAUUGAAAUAACCUCUUCAUGAAGUUCGAUUGUAACUUUAUCAGCACAAAUAGUAUAAUUUAUUUAAUAUUUUGUAUAAUUACUAGAGUUACAAGUAUGACGACUAUCAAAGUGGCAAAUGAACAAGAAAUCAUUAAAAAACUAUCCUCGUAUGUAGAGAAAAUUUCAAAUGAUGCCAUUCAUAAUCGCGGAAAGUUCUUCGUCGGUUUAUCCGGUGGUUCAGUUUUGAAAUAUUUAUGUGAAGGACUACCCCAGGUGAACACAGAUUGGUCGAAAUGGGUGCUAGCAUUUUGUGAUGAAAGAGUUGUACCAGAGGACAGUGAAGAUUCAACCUUUGGUGUAUACAAAAGAGGAUUGAUUCCUAGAACCAUGUUAAAUGAAAGUCAAUUUAUUACUAUUAAACAGGGAGUUAGUGCUGCAGAAGCGGCCAAAGAUUACACUGAGAAACUCACAGAAGCAUUUGGCAGUGACAACUACCAGUUUGACUUGCUCCUCCUAGGAAUGGGCCCAGAUGGUCAUACAUGCUCUCUCUUUCCAAACCAUCCUCUCCUGAAUGAGACCACUUUGAAAGUGGCGUCUAUCACUGAUUCACCAAAACCUCCACCAGCAAGAAUAACUUUAACAUACCCAGUUAUAAAUAAUGCAAGGAAUUGUAUUUAUGCUGUGAGUGGUGCGGGUAAAGCCGAUAUGGUAAAACGAAUAUUAAAAGACAGGGAAGAUUUGCCAGCCGCACGGGUGAAGCCAACGCAUGGAUCUGUGUAUUGGAUUGUCGACGCGGCCGCCGCUACUCAUUUAUAAUAAUACAUCUAUUUGAAUAUUAUCUGAUCAAUUCCUUAGCUUUUUGUACCUUUUUUUAACAUUCCUAUGUUAUCUAGGUACCUCUGUAAGUCUAACAAAUUUGGUAUUGUUACUCUUAAGCAUUGGGAAGUGCCUUAAUAUUAAUAAGUAAGAAUUUAAGAUUUCUUGUACUAGCUUUGUGAUUUGUGGUGACAAUUCAGGUUAAAAGGUUUGGUGUUGCACAAUGGUAAAUAAUUUACAUUCCUGUUGAAUAAAUAUUUUGUUUAAAA